AGAGAGGGAGGGGGGAAACGCCGAAGAGCGACAGAGCAGCAUCCAUCUUUGCCCAUAGUGUAGGCUAAGUAACCGACCACAAAUUAGCUUUGCUUGCGACAUAGCAUCACGAUACCAAAAAUUACGAAAUCGUUUUAUGACGUUGACGUAAGUAACACAAUUACUAGACAUUCCAGGUCGGAUUUCUUGACGUGAAUUAGUUUAUGUGGCUUUGAAACCCUGUCAUCUCGUCCGUUACCAGUUAUCUGUGAACAACGUAUGCGUCAUGUCUAACCGAGGGCCCAGUUACGGUCUCAGUCGUGAGGUCCAGCAGAAGAUCGAGCAGAAGUACGACCCGGAACUGGAGACGCGGUUGGUCGACUGGAUACUCAGCCAGCUGAGCGGGGACAGCGGUGCGUCUGGAGUGGACCGACCAUCGCCGGGGAAACAGAACUUUCAAGAGUGGCUGAUGGACGGCAUUAUCCUGUGUCGUCUCAUUAACAGUCUCUAUCCAGCGGAGACUCCUCCCAUCCGGAAGAUUUCGCAGACUAAGAUGGCGUUCGGUCAGAUGGAGAAGAUCUCCCUCUUCCUGAAGGCUGCCGAGACCUACGGCGUCAGUCGCAACGACAUCUUCCAGACCGUCGACCUCUGGGAAGGGAAGGACAUGGCAGCAGUUCAGAGAACCCUGGUGGCGUUGGGCAGUGAGGCUGUCACUAAGGAUGAUGGGUAUUACUAUGGCAACAGAGAGUGGUUCCACAAGAAGCCGAAAGGAAAUAGGCGGAGCUUCACUGAGGAGCAGCUGCGUCAUGGGCGGAGCUACAUCGGUCAGCAGAUGGGAGGCCACAGAGGGGCGUCUCAGGCCGGCAUGACCAGCUACGGCACCCCACGCCAGAUCAUGUAGAGGGUCUUUCUUUGCUUGUCUGGAUCUGAGGAAGCAGAGAUGACGACGCAACAACACGCCACCUAGUGGUUAAACACCUGUGCUGCACGAGGAGUUGUGAGAAGCAUUCCCGCCUCACUUUUUAUUUUGGGAAUUAUUAGCUAUAUUUAUACUUUUAUUUUGAUAACUAUUGAUUUAUAUUUCAAACCUUAUUUUAAUGUUAUGUAAACAUUUUUCUAUUUGCACAUGUAUUUUAUCCUCACAUAGUUACAUAAUAGCAGCAUAUGUUUUUAUUUUGUUUGGAUAAAUUAAGUGAGACUAUUCAGGGAGUAUUUAAAUUAGGAAAUAUAUAUUUAUGGAAUGAUGUCACAUAUAAAGGUAAUUGAUGAUGUCACUUAGAUCAGAAGAUGUCAUGUUGAUAAGUAAGUAAUUGUAAAUUGCCAAAUCCAUUGUGAAAAACUUCUUGCUUCUUGGUUAAUGAAUAGUGGUCCCGAUGCCUGAUUUAUCCAAGAUAUUAAUCUCAGUAGAGUAUGAUAUCAAAGAUUGUAUUUGAAUGUGUUUGUAGGUGUGAGAGUGGAUCAAUAUCCAACAUGUGUGGAUUACAGCAGAUAACUGUAAAAAAAGCUAAUCCCAGGCUAACCCACAAAGAUGUUGUUAGUCUCCUUACUUGUAAGAAACCUCAUUGAGGGUUCUCGUAAAGACAAUCUAAAUAAUAUGCACAAUGCAAAGCCAAACAUGAAGUAUUGUAAGUUGUAUUUGUAAGUAUGAAGCAUUCAGAAGCUGGUGUAAUUGGGUGUUGAUUUGAAUUGUAUACGACACUGCUAUGAUGAAGUCAUAAUGAGAACGGGUUUUGUAAAAGUUCACACAUGUACACGUGUGUUAUCCACAAUGAAGAAGCAAUAAAGCUUGAUUAGGAGUCAACAAUUAUGACAAUUAUUUU